GGAGUAAACAACGGCGGCAGCAGAGCUCGGAUCAAAAAUAAACACCCGCGUUUAAGUCGUGUUGACUCGAUACGAUAUCACACUAGAAGUCCCUAAGUUUUCUUGUUGGAAGUUUGUGGUUUUGAAAUGGAUAUCUCAGCGUACCAACACAUGAAUAUCAGAAUGAGUACGCGGGGAAAGCGACCGCUGCGAAAUCUCACACCAAAUGACAAGGUUCGAGCCAUUCAACGCAUCCAUAAUGGUGAAACAAAAGCAAGUGUAUCCAGGGAUCUGGGAGUUCCAGAAUCAACCUUGCGUGGCUGGUGUAAGAACGAACAAAAAUUAAGAUUUAUGUGUCGUCAAUUAGGUCCAGAUCACUUGGGGAUUGACACACCUCCCGAAAAACGUGCCAAAUUCGAGUUGCAGUUGCUGCCACCAAAACACGCUACACUCCCCAACUACGACGAUCUUGGUUUAACUAACUUUCUGUUUUCGGCAACUGAAUUUCCAACCCAAAACGAAUCAUUAUUAGAAAAAUUAAGUUUCGUGGAAUUUGUGAAAAAAAAUGGACUGCAUCCAAACGCAAUUCGAGAAUUGGGAGACGCCCACUCGCUGAGUGCAGCGAAUGCCCUGUCAGGUGUGGAUUAUUCAACAAACAAUAUGAUACAUCAGCUAACCCUUUUAGCGCAGCUAAAUUCAAAACUAUCGUACCAGACGGGCGAAUCAGUGGCCACAGAUAUUCAAAGCUCCCAGAUCACAAACAUUGCCGAUGCACCAAGAGAAGAAAAUACAACAAAAACCAGCUGCCCCUUACUGAGCGUUAAAAAUUGGGCAAAAGAUCCAGCAAAACGUGCGCAUUUCAGUCAAGAAACACAACUCAAUAAUGAUAAGAACAACAACGCGGUUGACCCAUCCUAUUCAAACUUGACCACGACGCAAUAUCCUCUAAUAAUGGAGCCAGUGAAGUCAAUUUAUCCCGAAACUAUGGUUUCCGCGAUACCGCCAACAUUUUCCACUCAUUCGGAUUUAGCUCCUGCUCCAACUCCAACGACGGAUAAUGAUUGCCAAGGGGCUGCCUUGCUGGAUUGGUGCAAACUAUUUAAUGCCAGUCUUAAUUUUUUGGCUUUUGCUGCGGCCGCCGCUUCAAUGCAACCCUCUGGGGGAACUGUCCCGAAGCAUACAACACCACAGCUUCUAGCCACUGAACCUGACGAAACAUAUCCUUUUAACAAUGCUCUUGUAAAAAGACUUAGCCCGCUGGCACAUAGUGACGCCUCGAAUGAAAGUUACUUCGACAGCGAGCCAGAAGAUCUUUCUGUGCGCUCGUGUGCCUCCAGUCGUAACAACAGUAGAUCUCAAACUCCCGACAAAAGCAUCGCGACAGGCAGAUUACAAAGCGACGGGGAGCAGUAAAAACUUGUAAUCUCUAUAGAAAUAUUUGUUUGUACAUAUUAUAAUAUUUCUUAGUUAAUUAUUAAUAGCUUUAUGCUAUAUAUUUAUACUUCUAAAAAUAUCUAUUCCUGGACAUACAAAUAUUUAUAUUUUACAGGAGUUUAUUUAAACCAUAUUUAUUAUUUAUAGGUACUUAUCAAGAAAUCAAACUACUUAUAUGUAUAAGAAAAACUGGUUUUAAUAAAACUGCAUACCGGAUAGUAUUAUGUAGAAAUAUCGACUGUGUGAAAACUUGUAUAAGUAAUAAAUUAAUUUCAUCUAUAAUAAAUAAUUCAUAAAAUGUAACUUAUUGUGUUAAAUAGCCUAAUAAUUUUGAAUGUUCGGUAAGCAAUUAAAUUAAACAACAUUUGUUUUUUAACUGCUGU